AUGUCGUACCGCGAUGCUCUUGCUAAGGCCAGGGAGAACAUUAGCCUCAAGGAGAUUGGGGUAGAGAGUAUGACGAUGAGAAGGGGUGUGACGGGGGCCUUCAUCUUCAGUGUCAGAGGGAAAGAGGCCGCUGUGAAGGCAGACUGGGUAGCCGAAGCUCUGAUGAGGACGGUAUCAGAGGCCAAGAUCGCUCGGCCACAGAGAAUGAGAUCCUUCAGGCUGAUGGGAAUCGACCCAAGCCUAAAUUUUACUGUUGUGAGGAACGCUCUCCUCACAAUAAAGGGGAACUCUGACCCCAAUAGAAUCUGGGUUGGUGAAAUAAGGAUGGGUAGGGGACGUCUCUGGGAGACGGUUGUCUCUGCUCCGGUGGAAAUGGCACAGGCUGUCAUCAAGAAAGGRAAGAUAGACUUCGGACUAUACCGGGCAAGAGUGGUCGAGCUCCGGCAAAGACCAUUGCGUUGCCACCGGUGCCUGGCUAGGGGUCAUGUUGCUGCGAGCUGCCAAAACUCGACCUCUAGGGCAAGCCUUUGCUAUCAAUGUGGCCAACCGGGCUACAACGCGAAGGACUGCAAAAACAAGGUGGUGUGUCCGGUGUGCAGGGACGCCGGGCGCAGGAACAAGAACCAUCGUGCGGGGACCAGGGAGUGUCCGGUGGUCCUUCCGCGAAGGACAAAUAACGAAACGUGCGCGACCGCGAGUGCUAGUGAGGCUCGGGUGCCUGGUGCUUCGGCGGGGGGGAUGAAUAGGGGAGAGGAUAUGGGGAUGGACGUGGACCUUUUUACCCCCACAAGAGACGAAAGUGGAGCAGUAGCGCAGGACAAGUACUGCCGUACGAACAUGUGUGCGAAGCCUGCAGCAGGAGCGGGGAUUAGUUGUGUGACCAUUAACAAUGUCGCCCAGUGA